AUGGAAAACUUCGAGCAUACAAUGACAUUCAACACCGUCACGCAACAUCUUCGUGUCUCUCUUCAUACGAAUAUGUCACCAUACUAUUGUACUAUAUCCAUCUGUGAUGGAGAAUUUAUCGGGUAUCAUCAUCAUUGUGAAGGUUGUGCAAACAGAAAGAAAAACGAUUAUGAUAAAGUCGCUGUUUUUCUUCCACCACGUAAACCGGAUGUACCUGUUGAUGAGAAACCAACAUCAUUAUUUGCUGCAAAAAAUGCUAAACCAACUGCUCCGCCACCAGUUGAAGAAGGUGAACAUAUUUAUAAAACAUAUCCAGCAUUUGCGUCUAUUAUUGAACCUAUUGCGAAUCAAUUUAUGACAUUAAAAGAAUUAAUUGCAAAAUUACGAUCACUUGGUCUUAAUAUUUUUCCUGAACCGGAUUCCGAUUCAUACGUUAGCAUUAUUAAUAAGAAUCAUAAGUUAGAAUGGUGGGCUUAUAAUCAAAUGGCAAUUGUAUCAUCAUGUACAGCAUUUUCUUACAGUCAUUGGAAUGCUUUUGUUAAUGAUGAAAUAAAAAUAAUUACUGGUUGUAAAGAACAAUUAAUUGAUAAAUCUACUGCUGAUGAUGAUAUGAAAUGUAUUAUGUUUACAACUGAAUUAGUUGGAUUUACAGAUGUUUCGGAAAGUUCACAAGAAUUUGUUGAAGCAUCAACAUUUACUAAUUAUCAUACGGAAUUAUUUCAUUUGGUACGAGAAAAAUUUUCAUCGGCAGCAUUUGUUCGUGUUAUGGAUGCUAGUCCAUUAUUUGUCGAAACAGUUAAUCAAUUUCUUUUGAGUAUUAAACCAUUAACAUAUGCUUAG